UACUGUAGUAUAUAAUAGAAAAUCGAGCUUCACAAAAGCGGAGUGUUUUUGUUGUGUUUUUUUUAACCACACGAGUCGGAGACUCGCAGUUCCAGAUUGCUUCCUGAAAAACAUAUUUACCGCAAGUAGGCAAGCGCAAGCAGAGCCUGGCCAGAGCUGGCCUGGCGCAAGUAGCAACUUCUAGCAGUGCCUGGUCAGAGGAGACUUCUCUGAACAGUCGACCGUAUAAAUGUGCCAAACGUCUUCGGUCUUGGUGUAAACAUUGGAUUGUGGUUUCAACAUUCAAGAAAGAUUAAACAUGAUUCUAGCCAAAUUAAAGUGGGAUUAGACGUUUGGAAAAUUAACACAUUUUUACGGAAGUAUGGAAAGUAUGGAGCGAUGUGAAUUUCGACCUCUCCUCUCGAGUUCGAAAGGCAAUCGCGAAGGUUUUUGUCAUUGGCUUUCAACUGUUCGACUGUCUCGUAUUAUUUUCUGUAUAUUGAUUGUUCUAGUCAUCGUCCCUAUCGUAACUCAUUAUUAUUUGUCCAGCGUUGGAAGUGAACAAUCGGAAUCAUUCCAUUCAAGAAAUAAACUUGACCUUCCAGAUGAUCUAGGUUCAGCAAAAGCCACUGAAGUAAAAGUCCGGAUAGAAGAAAUGUUGAGGAUUAAAAUGUCAGUCAACAACGAACUCCGGGAUCUGGAAGCCAAAAGACAGAAAUUGCAAUCUGAGAUUUCUUCUCUAGGAAUGAAAAUAGAAGAACUUAAAAAUGAAGCUGGAAGAAAAGUUAUUGAACUUGAUCGCAUCAAACUUUCAAUAAGUCAAGCAGAAGUUGCUCAUUUGGAAAUUCUUGAAAGAAAUCAGCCUGAGCUUAGAUUGCCUGACAAAUUAGAGCCUAAUCCUUCCAAUGACAUUCUUCCCAUGCCAAAUCUAGAGGCUGAAUCAAAUUGCAGCAUAUAUUCUUGUGUUGAUUUCUCAAGAUGCUCACUGAUAUCUAAUUUUCCAGUUUAUGUUUAUCCUUUCAGUGGAGAAGGAUAUGAAGAGAGGAUAUCUGCUUCACUAUCUCAAACAUUGAACUACAAUCCCCACAUUACUUCCAAUUCUCAAGAAGCCUGCCUUUUUAUUUAUGUUAAUUCUUCUCCAGAACCAGAAUUACGCAAAAAUCUUGUGACUUUAUCACACUGGGCAGGAGAUGGUCGUAAUCACAUAAUUUUUAACAUCGCCUUCUCAUCCAAAGAAACACCAACUAUACUUUCUCAUGGAAAAAAUCAAAACUCUACCUACGGAAGAGCAAUGAUAGUUCAGUCAGUAUUUCAAACUUAUCGCCCGCAUUUCGACUUACUUGUGCCCCCACUACUGGGGCCUCCUGGAAGUGAUGUUUGGUAUGACUUGCCAUCCAUAACUCCGGCUAGACGGAGAUAUUUACUGUCUUACAGUGGCCAGUCAUUCGGAAGUUCACCGGAAGUGCAAUCAACAUUGGAACAGUUAACAGCAUCAACCACCAGCGACGAGUUUUACUUCGAAUUUCAGUGUUCUAAUCCAAGUAAUAAGACUGACACCUCCUUGUGCGGUACAAUUCAGACAAGAUCUGCUGUUUUGCAACAGUCCACUUUUGUUCUGAUUCCGUUACCCCCCACCGAUCUUACCUCAUUAGCGGUUCAAUUAAGACUGUACGAAGCAUUAAAGUAUGGAUCAAUUCCCAUCAUGGUUGGAAAUCACAACGCCAAAUUUCUUCUUCCGUACGAAGAUGUGAUUGAUUGGAAUCGUGCCCUCAUAAAACUCCCAACGUCAAGAUUACCAGAGCUGCAUUUUUAUACUCGAGCCGUGACUGAUAGGGAUAUUCUUGCCAUGCGACGCCAAGGCCGCGUUUUAUGGGAGAAAUAUUUCGGCUCGGUUCAAAGUAUCGUUGAUAGCGUUGUUGCAGUGUACCGACAUCGCAUUGGCAUACCGCCUCCAGCUAUUCUCGAUGAGCCGUCCCCUUCCGUCUUCAACGAAACAUUCACGCCUCUAAAGACUGAAGCUGCUCUUCAAGAUGUUAAUGGGGAUUUAGACGAGAAUCUAGGACCUAUUGAGCCCGCGUAUCCAUCGCCAAAGUUUCAGCGCAAUCUUACCUUCUCACUCUUACAUGGAUACGAGAUGUGGAAUACAUGGACUCAUCCCUUUCAUCUGUUUCCCCAAACUCCUUACGAUCCUGUGAUGCCUUCGGAAGCAAAAUUUAUUGGAUCUGGACUUGGAUUUCGACCCAUUGGUGGUGGAUGCGGUGGUUCCGGAAAGGAGUUUAGCGAAAAUCUUGGUGGAAAUUUACCUCGCGAACAGUUCACAAUCGUCAUACUUACAUACGAACGAGAACAAGUACUAAUCGAAUCACUUGCUCGAUUGAACGGAUUACCUUACCUCCACAAAGUAGUAGUCGUUUGGAACUCCCCCCGGCCUCCUUCUCCUGACCUCAAAUGGCCCGAAAUUGGUGUUGAAGUUCAUGUUAUCCGUACUUUGAAAAACAGCUUGAAUAACAGAUUUUUGCCAUAUGACGUAAUUGAAACUGAAGCAGUUUUGUCUGUGGAUGAUGAUGCACAUCUUAGGCAUGACGAAAUUAUUUUCGGAUUCCGAGUAUGGCGUGAACAGCGAGAUAGAGUAGUGGGUUUCCCAGGUCGAUUUCAUGCUUGGGAUUUGGAACACAAAAACUGGGCAUACAAUUCUAAUUACUCGUGUGAACUAUCCAUGAUUUUAACAGGCGCAGCAUUCUACCACAAGUACUACAAUUAUUUAUACAGCCUUGUGAUGCCACAGGCUAUUAGGGACAAAGUUGAUGAAUUUAUGAACUGCGAAGAUAUAGCUAUGAAUUUCUUAGUUUCACACAUAACCAGACAACCCCCAGUCAAGGUAACUUCUCGUUGGACCUUCCGCUGUCCAGGGUGUCCGGUUUCGCUUUCCGAGGAUGAAACACACUUCCAGGAAAGACAUAAAUGCAUAAAUUUUUUUGUAAAGGUAUAUGGAUACAUGCCCCUACUCAAUACGCAGUUCCGAGUUGAUUCAGUUCUAUUUAAAACGCGGAUACCACAUGACAAACAAAAAUGUUUCAAAUUUAUUUAAAUGAAUUUGCUUUAAAGGAUUUUAUUUGAGGCGCGACUUACACCAAUUUCUUUUAUUCUUGCUGUAAAACCAUUCAUCAUAAGUCAUUUUGUUCAUCAAUACAAUGCAAAAUUACAUUA